AUGCGUGGUGAGCAUGGGAUCGAGGUGUCCAAGUCUUUAGCGUGGGAUGCGCGUGAGUAUGCUAUCAACACAAUGACAGGUAUUCCAGAAACAGGUUAUGCGAAGAUUCCCAAAUACUUGCACAUGAUGAAGGAAGCUAAUCAUGGGUCACAUACAUCUUACGAAACUGACAAGGAUGGGAUAAUCAGAUUCCAUUUCAUCUCGUUUGGGCAGUGUGUCCGAGGUUUUUACAGAGCCAUUCGAAAAGUUAUUGUUCUAGAUGGGACGUUUUUGAAGAGCAAAAUCAAAGGUGUUUUACUGGUUGCUACUGCUUUGGAUGGAAACUCAAGUUUAUAUCCACUUGCAUUUAGAGUUGUCGACUCAGAGAAUGACCGCUCGUGGGACUGGUUUAUGAGACAACUUAAAGUGGUUAUUGCUGAUGACCAGAGUUUAGCUUUUGUGUCUGAUAGGAAUACCUCACUUGCUAAAGCUAUUGCAAACGUGUACCCUCAAUCUCAUCAUGAAAUUUGCAUUCACAACUUACUGAAUAAUGUUGUAACUUAUUACCAUGGGAAAGGUUUGGUUGGUUUGGUUGCAAAUGCUUCUAAAGCUUAUCGGGUUGUUGAUUUUCAGAAGAUCUUUACAAAUAUUUUCUCGAUUAGUCAUGAGAUAGGGAAAUACCUAAUAGAAGCUGAUGUGAGAAAGUGGGCUCGCUGUCAAUUUCCUGGUUUUAGGUAUGAUAUUAGGAGCAAUAAUCCUGCUGAAUCGAUGAAUUUUGCAUUGCGUUCGUCAAGGGAGUUUACGGUCAUUCCUCUACUGGACAUCAUAAGGGAAAUGAUAACUCGAUGGCAUGCCGUAAAAGCCGGUUUCAGUGUAGGCAGACCAGUUCACAGUCUGACUGACGAGAAGUACACAACUUCUUCUUGGAUCUCAGUUUACGAGGAAAGAAUAAAUCUGAUAAGUGUCCCUGAAGAUGCAUGGAUUGUGCUAGAACAUGUGGAGAAGGCAAAAUUUCUUUCUCCAGAGAGUAGAAGAGCAGCAGGAAGGAGGAAGAAAAGAAGAUACGAGACAGUUAAAGUCAAGAUUUGUUCACAAGGAAGUAAAGGUUCCACAAGACGCAAAUGCAGUAGCUGUGGGAUUGAAGGGCACAAUAGGUCAACUUGUGAUAGAGCAAUAUAG